AGGAGGAGGAAGCGCGCUAGCAGGAAGCAGCAACUCCAGCAGCUCCUUCCUCCUCCGAGCACGCAGCCGCUGCCCUGGGGACAAACUCGCCGGCUACAGCCGCAGGGAGAGGAGCGGGCAAGCGGUGGAUCUGGCGUAGCGCCGCCUAAGCGGCCAGCUCUCCUCCUUCGCCACUGCCUCGUCGGCGCGCCCAGGAAGGCAGGCGGCGGGAUGGUGCCCUCGAAUACCACCGAGUCCCCGCACCAGCUGCUCGGCCGGCUGCGCUUCCUGACCGAGGCGAUCGGCUGCCUGAGCCGGGCAGAGCCGCUGCCCGCCGCCUUGUGCUACGUGCCCCGCGAGGUGCAGUACAAGAUCUGCAAGGACCCCAGCGCCCCCGGCUCCGCUUCAGCCUCAGGCCGAAGCCUGUUGUCGGUGUGGGAGAGCCCGGGCAAGGCUGGCAUCGGCUCGGGUUCCGGCGGCAGGAAGUGCCCGGGCAGGGGCACCAUCGAGCUGCGCAAGGGGACGUGCAUUCGAGCCAGCGGCGAGGAAUAUUGCAAUGGGCACGGGCUCUGGGUGAAGCUCACCAGGGAGCAGCUGGAGGAAUACAAGACAGGCUGUGAUCUGGAGGAAGGCUGGGUACUCAUGUGCAAGCAUGCAGAUGGUGGGGACAGGCUGGUUCCAGUAGAAUCUAUGGAGAGAAUCCAGAGGCAGCAGCAACUCUUUGGGGUAGACUAUAAGCCUGUGAUCAGAUGGGAACAGGUGGUGGAUUUAACAUAUUCCCUGCGACUGGGGGUACAGCCUAAAAUCAUGGAACCAGAUCUGGCUGCAGUAGAGAGACUGCGGUUUGUGCCUCCCACAUGGAGCUAUGAGUGUGAUGAGGACCUGGUGCAUUUUCUCUAUGACCACAUAGGCAAGGAGGAUGAGAAUCUGGGUAGCAUCAAGCAAUACGUGGAAAGCAUUGAUGUCUCCUCUUUCACGGAGGAAUUCAAUGUUUCCUGCCUGACAGACAACCAUGCAGACACGUACUGGGAGAGUGAUGGGUCCCAGGGACAGCACUGGGUCCGUCUUAACAUGAAGAAAGGAACCAUCAUCAAGAAACUGUUCCUGACUGUGGACACAACAGAUGAGAACUUCAUGCCCAAGCAGGUGGCUGUGUAUGGUGGUGAGUGGGAUAAUCUGAAGAAGCUGAGUGACGUGGGCAUUGACGAGAGCUAUAUCGGGGAUGUGUGCGUGCUGGAAGAUAUGACUGCACACUUGCCUAUCAUUGAAGUCCGCAUUGUGGAAUGCAGAGAUGAUGGGAUAGAUGUCCGACUUCGGGGCAUAAAGAUCAAAUCGUCUCGGCAACGGGAAUUGGGGCUCAAUGCAGACAUGUUUCAGCCAGCCAACCUGGUGAGGUAUCCUCGCCUGGAGGGAACAGAUCCUGAUGUGCUCUAUCGACGGGCCGUUGUCAUCCAGAGGUUUAUCAAGAUCUUGGACAGUGUGCUUCAUCACCUUGUCCCAGCCUGGGACUACACGCUUGGUACCUUCAGCCAGCUUAAGCACAUCAAGCAGUUCCUGUUGCUGUCCAAGCGGCGCACAGUGCUCAUCACCCAGUGCCUCAAGGACUCCGAGACCAGCAAGCCCAACUUCAUGCCACGGCUCUACAUCAACCGCCGCCUGGCCAUGGAGCAUCGGGACAACCCAGCGCUUGAUCCCAGCUGCAAGAACACUGUCUUCACCCAGGUGUAUGAAGGCCUGAAACCUUCUGACAAGUAUGAGAAGCCCCUGGAUUAUAGGUGGCCACUGCGUUACGACCAGUGGUGGGAAUGUAAAUUCAUUGCUGAGGGUAUCAUUGACCAGGGUGGUGGCUUCCGGGACAGCAUUGCUGAUAUGUCUGAGGAGUUGUGUCCUAGUUCAGCUGAGAUCCCGGUGCCACUGCCUUUUUUUGUCCGCACUUCCAACCAGGGUAGCAGUACUGGAGAGGCCCGAGACAUGUAUGUCCCCAACCCAUCCUGCAAAGAGUUCACCAAGUAUGAGUGGAUUGGCCAAAUCAUGGGUGCGGCCCUGCGUGGCAAAGAGUUCCUGGUCCUGGCCCUGCCUGGCUUUGUCUGGAAGCAACUGACGGGGGAGGAAGUGAGCUGGAGUAAGGACUUCCCUGCUGUUGAUUCUAUGCUGGUGAAGCUUCUGGAGAUGAUGGAAGGAAUGGACAAAGAGACCUUUGAGUUCAAGUUUGGGAAUGAGCUUACCUACACCACAGUGCUGAGUGACCAGCGCAUGGUGGAUCUUAUCCCUGGCGGCAGUCGCACGGUGGUGCGCUAUGAAGAUCGCCUGGAUUUCAUCUGCCUGGUACAAAAAGCACGGCUGGAGGAGAGCAAGGAGCAGAUUGCAGCUAUGCAGGCUGGACUUCUUAAGGUAGUGCCUCAGGCUGUAUUGGACCUGCUCACCUGGCAAGAACUGGAGAAGAAGAUCUGUGGCGACCCUGAAGUUACGGUUGAAGCCUUGAAGAAGCUCACUCGCUUUGAGGAUUUUGAACCAUCAGACAACAGAAUCCAGUGUUUCUGGGAGGCGCUGAACAACUUUACUAAUGAGGAUCGCAGUCGCUUCCUGAGGUUUGUUACUGGAAGGAGCCGACUUCCUGCUCGAAUUUAUAUCUAUCCUGACAAAUUAGGCUCUGAGACCACAGAUGCGCUUCCUGAGUCAUCCACCUGCUCCAGUACACUCUUUUUGCCCAACUAUGCCUCUGCCAAAGUUUGUGAGGAAAAAUUGCGUUAUGCAGCUUAUAACUGCGUGGCCAUCGACACAGACAUGAGCCCAUGGGAGGAAUGAUGCUACACGGGCAUCUUGCCAACUAGCGGUUCUGCUUUGUAGUUGCUACAUGGAAGAUUCUGUUGUUUUUUCUCCAUGCUCCAAGCUCUAGAAAGCAUGUAUAUAUAAUAAAUUACUAUGUGUGAACAGCCUUGUACUGAUAACCAGAUACAGGAACAAAAUUGACGGCUCAGGGGCUUCGAUUUUUGAGGAGUUGGGUCAAUAUUUCUGAUCAGUGUUGUGAGAGACUGAAGAAUUGGAUGUAUAGCUUGAAUAUCCUCGAAUACUCAAUUAUUUUUCCCUUUAAAAGCUCCCCGACAAGAAAUUAUUUAAAAUGCAAACAGUUGCAAAAUAUAUUUUACUGGUAGUUGUGUUUUAAUUGACAUUUUGUGACAUUUUAAAUUCUCUGCUUAUACUUCGCUUUGUUUUCACUUGUUUUUCCUCUUAAUAUCUCUAGAUAAAGCAACAUGUGGGGGCAACAGUCAGAAGCAAAUGCCCCCCACCCCCACAAACACACACAGCACUUGUAUGCCAGCAUUGUUAAUGGCUUAAUUCCGGAAUAUGAUUCAGGCUGCCUGUUUGCAAUGAGGACAUAAGCACAUAAUAAGAAAAGCCCUGCUGGAUCAGGCCCAAGGCCUAACUAGUCCAGCAUCCUGUUUCACACAACGGCCCACCAGAUGCCUUACUCAUGUCUGUGCAGAAUUACAGAGCAACGUUUCCAAAGCAGCAUUCCCUCUUCCCUCCCAUGUACAUACACUGUCCCUCCACAUACCCCGGCUUUGGCUUAGCAACAGACUGCAUUAAUCGCCUCUGGCCACCAGUGGGCAUUAUGGAACCAUAGUUUAAAGGACUAAUCACUUCCAUUUUGAUGGAUUUAUUCUAAGAUUAAGCUUUGCCCUCACUGUCUAGCAGUAACUGGCUAUCUUCCCUGUUUUCCUUCCUGCCCUGCCCAAGUCAUAUUUCCAUGACAUGGUGCCAGAGAGCAAUAGAGGGUGAGAAUCCUCAUACCUUACAGAAAUCAGAGAAGCCAGUCACUGGUGUUGCUAAGACCAAAGGAAACCAGGUUUUGUACAGCUGCUUCUACAGUUUGCUUACUGCAGGCCAGCUCCUACUGUUCUCUGCUUUUGUACUAGGCUAGCCACUUCUUUAGACACCACCUUCAUUAAAAGCUUUUUCUUCCAAAUGUACCUCUUUGCUGAGGAAAUGUCAGCUUUUUUGACUACUCUAUUGAGCCACUUUGCUAAUAUAUUCUGAGUUUUGACAAACUAUGCCUGUAUGAUACCAGAAAACAUUGGUAUGUUUUUUAAAGGUGAUGGGGGGGGGAGUACAUUUUGAAGCAAAAGCUUUCUAAAAUGCAUUACUGGGACUUACCAACUACUGUGACUAAAUGGUAUAAAUCUGUAUGACUGUUUCCUCGGGAAUAUUAAAUUUAUUUUCACUUUA